AUGAGAACACAUAAAAAUGAUUUUUGCUUUCAAUCUUAAUUGAUGAAAGAUUUUUAAAUCCAAUCUCCACAAGUUUUUAAAUUAUCCAAAUAAAAAGAGAAAUCUAAUCAAAUCAGCCUAAGAUCUUCUAAAAUUUUACUUAGAAUUGAUCAAAGGUUUAGAUUGUCAAAAUCUUUAAAUUAAAAGAAGUUUUAUAAAAGUUUCUUAAUAAAAACUUAUUUCUCUUAGAAAGUAAAAAAAGAUUUUAAAAUAAAUAUAAACAAAUAAAGUUAAGUUAUAAAUAAUAAUUUGAAAUUAAUAAGUUUUUCAAUCUCCUUAUUUAAUAAUUUUUAAUUAUUAACUACCAGAAAAAUAGUAUGA